GUCUGAUUUGUGCUAUCGGCAAAAUGAAUUUUAUAGUUUUUAUUGUGGGAUUUAUAAUGAUUACGACGGACUAUCAUUCAGCUCAUGGAACUGGGACAGCUGCAGCAAAUGAUGUGUCAAACGCUUGGACAUCAUGGUCAACAUGCAGCGUAAGUUGUGGAACAGGAAUUGUUUUUAGACGACGAGGAAGAGAAUCUGAUUCCAAAGGAUGCAAUAUUGAAGAAUGCCCGACGACAACUGAUCUUCCGAAACAAUCAACGCCACACGAUUCUCAAUUUUCUUCAACUACUUCAAAUGGAGAUGACGGGUUUACGUCGAAGCAACACUUCUACUCAUCAUCUUUUUACAAGAUCAUACUUUCGUUAUUUUUGUAUUUUUCUUAUUAAUCUUUAAAACCAUAUUGAUUUGA